AUGAGUCGGUUACGCUCCCGAGGCAGGACACGGAGGCCGCAUUUUUUGUUCGUCGGCCUCUCCCUAUUUCUGUUGUCUUUCUUAGCAGGAGCGUUCGCUGCACACCCCGAUGACGGCGGCGCUGGUGAAGUUGAAACAGUCGAGCUGGAACAACCUGCAACAGUUGAGCAGGAACGGUCUCAUGCUUCACCUUAUUCUAGAGCCGCCACGGCUGGACAGAGACCUGAGUCCCCGAGAUUUUCUUCUUCACCGAGAUCUCCGACCUCUGUGGCUUCACCGAGCAGAGACGCAGCGGAGAGCUUCAUUGCCCUUAUUGCUGCUUUUGACACCUCCGCUGUUUUUGACCUAUCUUCAGGUGGCACCCGAAGGACUUCUCCGUAUGGGAGGAUUUCUGGUAGUACGACGUCCCCAGCCACGGCUCGCCAAGCCGUCAGGCUCUUAAAAAGGCAACUAGGAGAUGGGGAUUCGGCAGUCCAAGUUCAGGUCUUGCAAGAAUGGCUGGACGAAAGGCUCUUGGAGGGGCGUAUUCCGCGUGAGGAAUUGAUGAAGGCGGUGAUCGCGGUUACAGGGGGAGGCCACAAAUUCGUGGACAGAACGGUCCCAUCAACAAGGACAGACCUGCUAAGGAGAACUGCCACACAGCGAGAUGGGGAUUCGGCAGUCCAAGUUCAGGUCUUGCAACAAUGGCUGGACGAAAGGCUCUCGGAGCGGCGUAUUCCGCCGGAUCUGCGAAGGCUAGCACGGGAAGUGAAGAGUGACCCUACGUUGAUACGACACCAAGGAGCUUCAGGUUCUGAGCCCAAAUCUGAGUUGCAAAGGGAAAGCAGAGUAUUCGAGCAACCGGAGUCCCGCACCCCAUCUCCUUUGUCCGAGAUGAGCAUCUCUCCUGAGCCUCGCGAGAUGCCGGAUGUACCAGAAGCUCUUGAGGAACGUUCUGAGCCCAAAUCUGAGUUGCAAAGGGAAAGCAGAGUAUUCGAGCAACCGGAGUCCCGCACUCCAUCUCCUUUGUCCGAGAUGAGCAUCUCUCCUGAGCCUCGCGAGAUUCCGGAUGUACCAGGAGCUUUUGAGGAACGUGAGGUUCCUCAGCCGGGUUCAGUAUUUGAAGAACAGUCAGUGGCACCUGAGCCAGUCGAGUCCCCUGAGCCGUCGGACACUCGGGAGAAACUGACGCUGGAUCUAAAACCGCCAGUUUCUGAAGGGUCUACGCCUGAAGUGAGCCCUGACUUCGAGCAGUUUCAUAUUCCUGAGAGUGGAUGGUUGUCGGAACUAGAAAAGUUGUUAAAUGCUCCUUCUCCGUCCACACCUUCCCCUAUAAGCGAGGAUGCCCCCUUAUUCUCACCGGAAACGCAGAGGCUACUGGAUGCUAUACCGCCAUUGCCAGGGAGGCCAAUACCGGGAUCCACUAAGGAGCUCUUGGAAUAUUCUCCUUACGUGGGAGUUGCACCGAAGUGGAAACCCUCACUUGAAGAGGAGUCUAUAGGCAGCAUGAGCCCUCUUUCAUUGCCCCCCAGAACACAGGAUGGGGGGGUGGAUCAACUUACAAAAGAGGUAGACGACAUCAUAGCGGCCUUGCAACAACCUUCUGAAUCUGAGGAAAUGCCAUCAACUCCGGAUAUUGAAGAACAGCCAACUGUGGAAAGACUGCAGGCUUCGAGUCCUGAGAGCAGAGAAGCAUCAGCAGAUGAAGGAACUAGGGGAAGGCGCGAAAGCGCAAGAGGAGGGGACAUGUCUCUAAGCACUGAUGUCUGGCAAAAACGCAUGAGGCUGUGGGAUAUGACGAAGGCUGCUGCCAAUGAACACAAGACAAUGCUUAAAGUGACAGGCGGGUUGCUUAUCGGGGCUCUUCUUAUCGGAGGCUUGGUGAUGCUGCACAGAAGAAUGCGCCCCCGUAUCCCAAUUUCGAGCCCUCUCAUUAGCAGGGUGGAGUCAAAGGAUUGCCACGUGUUUGUUGAUUUUGGUAAGGGGAAGAAAUUAAAGGGAAUGGGGGAUGUUGUCCGCAUUGACGGGGUGCGUGUGAACAACGCGAAGCGAACAUUGACAGUGGAAUACGUGGAGAGGCCUGCUUUCAAGGCCUCCCGUGGCCGCGAAUUGUUCAAGUGGCUCAAGUACUACGGUACUGUGGGGAAGUCUCUCGUCCGUCGUGUAGAAACUAUGUCAUUUCCGGAAUCAUGUAUGGCCGGGCCAUUCUCACGGUUUCAAGUUGCAGAAGCCGGCGGUUCUGUUUCGCGCUUAAUGGUGGACCUUGACUAUAAUCCAGGGCCGCUGGCUGUGCCGAGGGAGGUGAUGGACGAGGAUCAACUCGACGAACUCCUUGCAAACUAUGGACAGGAGACCAGUUGGAAGUUGUAUGACGACUGUGUAAUGCAUAUCAGAGUCGACACACCCUUCAGGGGCUCUCCACUUGUUGCAGUGGAUACUGCUCGUGGCCGAGUAGGAUUCCUGAACGAAGAGUUGGAGCACCUCAGCAGUCCGCUGCCCAAGGAAUGUGACUGGAGGGAGCCGUCAAGAGUGCGCAUUGCAUACAAGAGUACCACAAACGGAGACCCGGUGGAUGUGUUGUUGAUGAUGAGUGCAGCAGAUCCGCCAAUAGAGGAAACCAUGGUCCUCGAGAGAGAACCAGUGGACGCAGCUUUAGAGGAUCCGGAUGAAAUUUUAGAGGAUAUUCGCACGUUAUUUGAAGAGUGA